AUGAGAGCUAGACAGUCAAAGAAGGCAACGAAAGCAUCUGAAAAAUCUGUUACUACCACAUCAUCUAAAAAGAAAUCUGUUGAUCAGAAGAAAUCUGAUGAUGGAAAGAACAAAGUUAUAGCUAAGAAGUCUAAAGCCAAAGAAACUAGUGAUGAUGUUAAAAUGCCAUUAUGGAGAAGUGUAGCUACUCAUCUAAUUAUUAGUUUGUAUUUACUUUAUUUGAUUACUAAAAAGGAAGAAGGUGUUGAAUAUGCAUUUGGUCCAGAAGUUCAAUAUAUUCUGGUUGCAAUUUUUAUGUUAGCUGUGAAUAUCUUCUUAUAUUUAAGAUCAUUUGGUCCUAAUGCAUUGAGAAAUGCCAAAUUUGCGUCUUUAGGGUUUAUUGCUAUUUCCGCAACGGCUGUUCUAUCUUGUAAAGUAGUUGAAGCAGACUUCACUCCAUUACAAUUCGUAUUUGCAAGUAUUUUAAACCAUUUGGGCUGUAGCAAAGAGUUUCUAGAUUCACAUUUCUUUGUAGGAGUACCAGAUGAUGCUAUGAAAUAUAUUUAA